ACUCUCUCUCUACAUUAUAUAUAGACAUUUACAUGAACACAUUUAUCAGACAACUUUUUGUUUACUCCUCGUCCUUUUCUUCUUCAUACCCUGUGGAUCGAAAUCCAAGAUGGGUGGUUUGUUGUUGAAAGCCAUUUUUCUCUCAUUAUUUGUGUUAUCACACAAAGCAAACGCUGAUAUAAACAAAAAUGGAAGCACUUGUUCUGGUGCUAGAAAGCUGGCAGGUAGAUGUAAUAUAUUCAGAGGGAGAUGGGUAUAUGAUAAUUCAUAUCCUCUGUAUGACUCCUCAAGAUGUCCCUUCAUAGAUCCAGAGUUCGAUUGUCAGAGGCACGGCAGACCUGAUCAAUUGUAUCUCAAAUACAGGUGGCAGCCCUUCUCAUGUAACCUUCCAAGGUUUAAUGGGUUAUAUUUCUUGGAGAAAUGGAGGGGAAAAAAGAUCAUGUUUGUGGGUGACUCACUGAGUUUGAACAUGUGGGAGUCUUUAAGCUGUAUGAUCCACUCAUGGGUGCCAAACGCUAAGACCACACUUGUUAGGAGAGGUAUAAUUGCUACACUUACAUUUCAGGAUUAUGGAGUUCAGUUGUUGCUGUAUCGUACACCGUACCUGGUAGAUAUGGUGAAUGGAAAGGCGGGUACGGUUUUGAAGCUUGACUCGAUCCAAAAUGGGAACGCAUGGAGGGGGAUGGACAUGCUGAUAUUCAACACGUGGCACUGGUGGACCCACACCGGAAGCAGCCAACCAUGGGAUUACAUUCAGGAGGGGAACAAAUGGUACAAAGAUAUGAACCGUAUGAUUGCUUAUUACAAAGGACUCACCACAUGGGGAAGAUGGGUCAAUCUCAACGUUGACCCUUCCAAAACCAAAGUCUUCUUUCAAGGGAUUUCCCCCACCCAUUACUUAGGAAGGGAAUGGGGUCAACCAACAAAGUCAUGCACUGGUGAGACACAACCAUUCAUGGUGGCAAAGUACCCUGCAGGCAUACCUGAGGCUGCAGUUAUCGUGAACAAAGUGUUGAGCCGGGUGAAGAAGCCGGUCUACUUGCUCGAUGUCACCACUCUCUCUCAAUACCGAAAGGAUGCACACCCCACCUGGUACGGUGGAGGUGGCCGCACCACCACCGACUGCAGCCAUUGGUGUCUUCCAGGCUUGCCCGAUACUUGGAACCAGCUCCUCUAUGCAGCUCUCUUUAGUUGACCCCAUUAGACGUCUACUUUAGUUUCAAUUUCAUUUUUAAUUCAAAAACCAACCAUUAAUUGUUUCCUAUUUUCCCAUGUAAAUUGGGCAAUAAAAAAAAAAAGGUGAUGCAUGAUGGAUGAUGCAUCAAUUGUAAAGUAGGUUAUAUCGAGAUUGUUUUUGGCACAAAGUUUAUUGCCUACAUUUUAAUCUUAAGCAAAUGCCAUGAGAAUUGGAUGUACCACUAUAUAUAUGUGUAUGUAUAUAUAAUAUGAGUUCAAACAUCA